AUGUCCCGACAAGCGCCGAUGCCUGGCCCCACUGCGGCUCCGGUGCCAUCCACGGUGGCGUACGGUGGCGUCAGUCUGCUCGACAAGCUCGAUCGGUUGGUGAGCUCCACGGUGCUACAGGAGGCCCGAGUCUAUCCGGUAACCGUACCGGGCGCCACUCGGCUGCCAGCGGGCAACGAUGGCCCGACAGCCGUUACUCCUUCGACCGUCCUGACCACGGUCGUGCAGACCGACGAUUUUGUUGUCCAUCCAGGGCCAGAGGAUGUGUUACUGCUCAACACGACCACUGGACUGUACCAGCAAUCGGUGACGCUAACCGCCCGAAUGUAUCCGAUUGAGGCCACGGCGGCAAAGUCGAUCUGGGGCCUACCGACGCUGAUCUGGGCAGUACUGAUCGGAACGGUCGUGAUACUACUGCUGAUCCUAGCGACACUCUUCUUCUGCUGCUGGUUGCAGCCACGCACCCGCAAGCUGCUCAACUCCAGCUACUACACAACGACCACGAGCGCCGGAAACGCAUCACAGAGCUCGAUCGUGACGAAAUCGUGCACCGGUAGUAGCGACUCGAACCAGCUAGUGAUGCCCCUUUCGAUCGGCAUAUGCCCCCCACAGUAUAGUGCCCCUCCACCGCCCCAGCAGUCUCAGCAGCAGCAGCAGCAACAAGGUUCGCAAUCGCACCACGGUUCGAGCGGCGCAGCGGGCGGCAGUAACAGCUCGCUUCAUCAUGCCUCUCAUGGGCCGUCGGCACACCACACCUGCAACGCAACGGCCGUCGGCAAUCAGCAGUGCAGCAUGGCUUCCGGAGGCCAGGAUUAUGGUCACGUAAAGUACGGAAGCUCCCCGCAGCAACACUACUCGCAGCAGCACCAGCAGCAGUACGCUCAUCAUCAUCACGCGCAGCAUCAUCAACACCAGUGCAUACACUACCAACAGCAGCAGCAGCAGCAACAGCACCAGCAACAGUAUAAUCAACAAUUGCACCAGCAGCAGCACGCACAACAACAUCAUCAUGUCCAUGGGCAACAACAAUAUCCGUACAAUCAACACCAGUACUAUCAUCAUCCCGCGCAGCAGCAGCAGCAGCAGCAACAGUACCUACACUAUCAACAACAUCAGCAACAGCAUCAUCCGCCGCAACUACAGCAAAGGGAUCAUCAUCACCAGCAUCACAGCCAGCAGCAACAGCAUCAGCAGCAACAGCAGCAGCAGCAGCAUCGGCAGUCAUCGUCGGGCCAUCAUCACUCACCGCAGAGCCAGCUCGCGCACAGUCAGCUGCACAAAUCGAUGUGGGCCAUCAACCCGCUGUACGCUUCGAGUGGAGUAAUGAACGACGAUCACGAGGGCGAUACGAGCACCUCCUACCGGACGCGAUCCUUGCCCUCGUGGGGCAAGAACAGGCAGCGGCCCCUCUCGAAUGCGGACGACCUGGAAGAGCUGUACGCGAAGGUGAAUUUUAGCAAAAAACGACGCAACCGUAUGCGGAACGAUGAAGCGGCCAUCAUUGCGUUAUGCCGGUCGCGCUCGCAGAAUCUGGCCGCACUGCCGCUCGCCACCGACCAGGACGCGGUGGUGGUGUACGACGAGCGGACGGCACUGUAGAGGGUGCGGAGGGCAGCCGUGGUGGUCUGCUCCUGUCGCGCGACCCAAAGGGACCCGCAAUCUCGUUUGUGUAGUCGUAGCGUUGGGACAGUUGUUGGGAGGUUAUGGAAUUCGCCCCGGAAAGAGGGAUAUCGAUCAUAUAUGUAUAGCUGAAUUUGUACUAGUCACUAACCGUGCGGCGGCGUGGUGGUUGCCCACAGGGAUCGCAGAGGGCACGAGUCCGGUGAAGGGCGAUGAUAUUUUUAGUGUAAAAUAUACAACAAUCAACACGUAGGGAUUCUACUUCACGUACGCUAGUGUAGCUGUAAAACGUUACAUACGAUCGCCCGUCGUGGCGCGGUUAGGUUUAGGCGCGAUCCGUUGAAGCGCCGGGAAGGAAUUCAAAAUUUAGGUGUAAACGACGCGUAGACACAAUUUCAAAGCGCGUUUUUUCAUUCAAACGGAAACAGUAAAUCGUUUUACGCGACGCGCUCAUUAGUUUGUAGUGCGAACGGGGCGCAAUUCAGACUUCAGAGAAACGAAAGUAUUAUCGCGUAGCCGAGUCUAAAGUGAGAGGAUUAUUGGAAGGACCGAAGGAUCAAGCGUUAGAGCACCCAAUCCCACAACUGUGUAAAUUUGGUUACAACAAGACUGAUACUAAUGCUAGAGCCCCGAAACCUACAGACAUUUCAUACUUGCUCUCUGCAACGGCAUGACAGAAAACCUAUCAAUCCCAAACUACCGAACAUAUUAUCAGCCUCUGCAUUGCAAGAGAAAACAAUCCAGAGCCUGUGUGUCUCUCGAUACACUAGGAGCGAUUUCUGCCAAUUGUGUUUUUUAAGUUUAGCCGAAAGCAGAAGUACAUCUUAGCUCUGUUUCUUGCCCCAUUGUUCGCCAUUUACCGUUUGUCGUAGAAAAUCGAUAGAAUUCGUUGAUUCCCAUGCGUCUCCUGAAAGAAGCUAACAGCCGUUCCCCCAACGAGUCGUGACAUUCAGCGUAAGGAUGGAAAGUAUAUCAAAUUGUGUAUAUUAUAAUUGUUUAGCUUGCGAAUGUGACGGCCAACGGAUUGAACAGGAAGUGUGUAAUAGUGCAAUUGUUUGACAUAUUCAGAUCAUAG